AUGAUCGAGGCAGCGUCGAGGAGCCUGCGGCAGCAGAUGAACCGCGGCGUAGCCAGGGGGCCUCAAGUGUCUCAAACAAAAAGUACGGACGGCACAUCUUCCGAAGAGCCGCGCAGCGCUGAAAAUGCGCAGCGCCGCAUUCGCAGUGCUGAGAACCAGCAUAGAUCUGUGUCUUCGGCUUCACAAGAUCCUCAGAGCACGGUUGCUCCAACGCCCUCCACUUCGGCCUUGGACAACUACACUUUGGAGGACGAUGUGGAAGAGGAUGUCACCGGCGCAUCUGGCGUAGAUGACGUGCCUCGAGUGCCGCAUGAUUUUCCACAAGAGUUAAAGAGACCAGCAAGCCGGAAGAAGGAUCCUUCUGCCUCGGCCGCUGCCGGGCUCGGAGCCUUCGCAGGGCCUUCAAGGAUGACAGAUGCCUUUGAGCAAAGAAAGACGAGGCAGCCGAUUCCUGUGGAGAGCUGGGGUCCACGGCCGCCCUCCAGGGCGGGUCUGCCGAAGGCCGCCGGGCCUGCUGCACCCUUGGACGGCCUUGGGGACGGCUUCGUCACGCCCUGCCGAGGCAGCGGAGCCAACUCGAGCGUUGGGCGGCCCAAAGUCGGCACCGAGAGAGAGCCGAGCCAAGGCAGCCGGCCGAGCAGCAAGAUGGGCAACGAGUCCCGUGCUGGCAGCAAAGCCAGCACUGAUCAGGCGUGCGCCAAAGUGGUAGGUGGCACCUGGGCUGCCGCGCGCGUGGAGCCGCGGCACUCGGUGAAUGAGGCGCGCAGAGGUCGGGAGCGACGAUCGACCCAGACCCGCGGGACUUCAGACGUGGGCUUCGCGGGUGACCUGGGCGUCUUCGGCCGGGGCCAGCAGCUCACGAAGAGCUUCAGCGGGGUGCUGGACAGUGGCCAGUGGGGCUGCAAUAGUCGAGUCUAUGAGGUCAAGGAUCGGGACGGGCAGCUGCGCGUGGUCAAGCAACUGCCAUGGCUGGGCGACUCGGAUCGGGAGAACGCGCUGAGGGAGGUGAAGUUGUUGUCCUCCAUGAAGCACCCCUGCAUCGUGCCCUACCUGGAAAGCUUCCUGGUGCGAUCCACGCCCUCACUGCCUUCGGAAGAUCUUCUGUGCUUGGUGAUGAGCCGCUGCGAUCGCGACCUGCGCCAGGAGUGUUUGCGGGUGCGCCUGGAGUGGGAACUCCAGGCUUCUGCCUCCCUUGGCCGCGCGCAGAUCGGGGAGCCGCAGAUCCUGUCGUGGCUGGCGCAGCUCACCUGGGGUUUGCAGCACCUGCACUCCCGGAAGUUUUUGCACCGCGACCUGAAGCCGCAGAACGUGCUGCUGGCGCUGGGGGGGAAGCGCGUGAUGCUGGCGGACUUCGGGGUGGCCGGGCAGGUGGAGCACACCGAGGACCUGCGCCGCUCCAUCGUGGGGACCCCCGCCUUCAUGAGCCCCGAGAUGCUGGAGGGCCGGCCCUACAACAGCAAGACGGAUCAGUGGGCACUGGGCUGUGUGCUGUUCGAGAUGAUGGCCCUGGAGCCGCCCUUCGCGGGGCGCUGCGACUCCUACGCCGCGGUGGUCUCCGCGGUGCUCCACGCGCCCCCGGUGUCGCCCCCCGAGGGCUACAGCGAGGCGCUGGGCACGGCGCUGGAGCGGCUGCUGGCGCGGAAGCCCCACAACCGGCCCUCCAACCGCGAGCUGCUGCGCUCGAGCCUGCUGCGCCAAGCCUUCCACGAGUUCCUGCAAAGCCUCGAUACCGCCGUGGAGCGCAAGGUGCCUUGGGCUAAGAGUCGCUCCUCCUCGGUGACGGCGACCGCCGCUGGCGCCACUGCCGUGGGCCUGGCGCGGCGGGUGGUGCCGCUGCUGCGGCAAGUGCACGCGGAAGAGUCCCAGGUGGCGAACGCCUCUCCGCCCAUCACCGAGCCCGCCUCGGAGGCCGCGGCCUCCUCGGGCGGCUCCUCGCCGGGUGCCCGGAGCAACCGGAGCCGGUCCAGCAGCCGGGGGCGCAGCGCUGAGCUGAGCGCCACCGGCAGCUCCAACUUUGUGAACUUGGAGACGCUCGGAAGGAACAGGAGUCCGCUGCCGGGCCUGGUGGAGGACAUGGACUUGGACCUCUCGAGCCCUGUGGCGCCCUUCGCGGCCUCGGGCCACGUGUCCGCGCAGACGGAGGGCUACCCCUCGGACUUCGAGAGCGACUCCCAGGUGCCCUCCGCAUCCUCAGACAUCGAUCUGCUGGAGGAGAUCCAGCCCGAGGACGAGACUGAGCACGGGGAGCAUGGCCUCGGCAGCGCGGAGUGGCGCCAGCUGCUGGCGGAGGCCGAAGCGCUGCUGGUGCCGCUGCCGGAAAUCCACUGGACAGAGGAGGCCCACAAGCUCCGCUCCGCGCUGACGUGCGCCUUCGGGGAGGACAAGCUGGACCAAGCCCUGAACUUCCUGCGAGACCGCAGGCCUCUGGGUGACACCAUGGAGGCAGAUGAGCUACUUCUGCAGGUGGAACUGCUGGACUUGCUGGGGGAGGAAGGGAUCCACAACCUGCCUCUCCUGGAGCGGCUUCAACAGCUUGACCAAACCUUGGAGGAGGCGGAGGAUGAGAAGGCGAUGGGCUUCGACGCUCUGAUUCCUUACCUCAGAUUAUGCCCGGCGCGUUCGAGUCGCCUGCUGGCAGACAGGGGAAAGGCGCAGGACAGGUUCAGAGGCUCCACUCCGGGCUGCAGAACCACCAGCCGACCGCAGGUCUUGGAUCCCACAGCCCUUGAGGUCUCUGGCUGCGGCCUCGAGGGCGGCUGGCCCGCAAGCCCGCAGUCGUGCGGUGGGACGCCCCCAACGCGGCAGCGGCGGCAUCAGUCCGCGGAGCCAAUGCAGAUGGAGGACGUGGAGGUCGAAGACCACGUGCUCCACCCCUCCUUCCGCCGCGGCGAUGCCACGCCGCCGCAGGUGAUUGUGACCAGAUCGCACCUUGCCCAAAGUCGCCAAAUGCGGCGCUCCGUGGAUCAAAGAGCCGCGCGAGAGCGUGACCGAAGCAUGCCGUUCCCAACCUCGUUGGAUGUGGAUUUUCUGAGCCUUUUUGCUUCCUGA